UUUCGCGCCUGCUUUUUGUGUUAGAAGGACAAUGUUUUCAGCAUCGGGCGGCGAGUAGCACGGAGCGGACCAACUUCCCGUCGCGUUUCUACGCGUUUGCGCCAGCAGGAGCCGGAGGGGGGAGGACGACGAGGAGGAGGCGAGGCAACGACGGGAGGAAGAAAGGAAGGAAGGAAGGACGACUUUUAAAAGGGACAACACGCGGACGCGGAAGGCUGCCACGCGCGUUCCUCCCCUCGGCUGCGACCUAAAGCCCUUCACCCACUUCCGGCAUGUCGGAGCGCGGAGGAGGGCUCCCCCGAACCGAGGGCGUCCCGUCGCCGCACAUGAAGCCCUGCAAUCCGGUCAGCAUCCCCUCCAACCGGCCGGUCCACAUGAACCUGUACGCCCCCUGGGAGGUGGACCGCUCCUCGCCCAGCUGUGUGCCCAGGCUGUUCAACCUGACGCUGAAGAAGCUGAUCAUGCUGAAGGAGCUGGACAAAGACCUCACCUCCGUGGUCAUCGCCGUCAAACUGCAGGGCUCCAAGCGGAUCCUGCGCUCCAACGAGAUCCUGCUGUCCUCGGCGGGGCUGACGGAGACCGACCUGCAGCUCACCUUCUCGCUGCAGUACCCGCACUUCCUGAAGAGGGACGCCAACAAGCUGCAGAUCAUGCUGCAGCGGCGGAAGCGCUACAAGAACCGGACCAUCCUGGGCUACAAGACCUUGGCCCUGGGCCUCAUCAACAUGGCCGAGGUACGAGAACGCCAUCGCCGCGGCGUCCAUAGUGUUAUUCUUGACGAAAGCGCCGCCGAGGACGUGGGAGCCGCGGGUUGUCGAGUCAGCGGAUCCCCGGCAGAAAUGGAUUUGAUGUGGGCGGCCUGCGGCGAGGUGGCCGCAAAGGUCGGCGCUCACAAUCGGUUCCGGUCUCCCUCGACCUCGAGAGCAACAAGCCCCGAGUCACUGCCGAUGACGCCUCCUCCUCCUCACGUCCUCCUCCUUCUCUCUCCACAGCAACCCAACAUCAAGCAGAAGUUUGUGGCCCUGCUGAAGAGGUUCAAGGUCACCGACGAGGUGGGCUUCGGCCUGGAGCACGUGUCCAGGGAGCAGAUCCAGGAGGUGGAGGAGGACCUGGACGAGCUGUACGACAGCCUGGAGAUGUACAACCCCAGCGACAGCGGGCCGGAGAUGGAGGAGAACGACAGCAUCCUCAGCACGCCCAAACCCAAGCUCAGGCCCUUCUUCGAGGGAAUGUCUCAGUCCAGCUCGCAGACGGAGAUCGGCAGCCUGAACAGCAAAGGCAGUUUGGGUCGGGACCCUUUCAGCCCGCAGGGGGAGCAGCCUCCGCUGGAGAAGAUGAAACUGUCCCGCAGCCGCAACCUGGAGGAGGCGCUGUCCGAGACGGACACGCUGGAGCUGACGGAUCAGGAGCUGUUUGCGGAGGUGGGCCCCUGCAUCACGGUGUCCGUGGCGGAGAAACCCCGUACGCCCAUGAAGAGCAGCAAAAGCGAAGGCCAGGCCAUGCCGUCGCCGAGGUUGGAUGGAGGCCACACCCCCAGACAGAAGCGCAUCAGCACCCCCGCCAAGGAGCGGCAGCUCUCCAAGCCCCUGAGCGAGCGCACCAACAGCUCCGACUCGGAGAGGUCUCCGGAGCUGGGGCACAGCGCGCCGGUCCUGAGGAAGGUGGUGUACGACCAGCUGAACCAGAUCCUGUUGUCGGACUCUGCGCUGCCAGAGAGCCUGAUCCUGGUCAACGUCAGCGACUGGCAGGGACAGUACGUGGCGGAGCAGCUGCAGGUGCAGCGGCACCCGGUGGUCUGCACGUGCUCCUCGGCUGAGAUCCAGGCGGUGCUGUCGGCCGUGCUGACCCGCAUCCAGAAAUUCUGUAACUGUAACUCGUCGAUGCCCCGGGCGGUGAAGGUGGCGGCGGUGGGGGGUCAGAGUUACCUCGGAGCCAUCCUGCAGUUCUUUGUCACUCAGCUCGCCAACAAGACGUCCGACUGGCUCAACCACAUGCGCUUCCUGGUGGUGCCGCUGGGCUCCCACCCGGUCGCCAAGCACCUCGGCGCCCUCGACAACCGCUACAGCUCCUCCUUCCUGGACGGGGCGUGGAGAGACGUGUUCAGCCGCGCCGAGCCGCCACAGACAGAUCAGUUGGAUGUCGCUGCGAGAAUCUCCCAGUACAUCAGCGGCGCCACGGUGACGCACCAGCUGCCCAUCGCCGAGGCCAUGCUGACCUGCAAGCACCGGACGCGAGACGAAGACUCCUACCAGAAGUUCAUUCCUUUCAUCGGGGUGGUGAAGGUCGGCCUCGUGGAGUCGGGUCCUUCUCCGACGGGAGACGGCGAAGAGGGCGUGGCGGUGAGCUUGGCCGUGCCCUCCACGUCCCCGCCCUCCCACGGCUCCCCCGCGGGGACGAUUAAGGAGGCCGCCACGCCUCCCUCCUCCCCCUCCAUGGGCAGCGUCCAGACGGCGCAAGGGAGCCCCAGCAUGUCCCACGGCGUGGACGCCAUCGGCCUGCAGGUCGACUACUGGCUGGCCUCUCUGGCCGAGAAGCGGCGGGAGGGCGAUCGGCGCGACACGGGCUGCAAGAACACGCUGAAGAGCGCCUUCCGCUCGCUGCAGGUCAGCCGGCUGCCGGGGGAGGGCGGCAGCGAGCCGCAGGCCCAGGUCAGCACCAUGGCCAUGACCGUGGUCACCAAGGAGAAGAACAAGAAGGUUCCCACCAUCUUCCUGGGGAAGAAGCCCAAGGAGAAGGACGUGGACUCGAAGAGCCAGGUCAUCGAGGGCAUCAGCCGGCUCAUCUGCUCCGCCAAGCAGCAGCAGACCAUCCUGAAAGUGUCCAUCGACGGCGUCGAGUGGAACGAGGUCAAGUUCUUCCAGCUGGCCGCCCAGUGGCCCACUCACGUCAAGUACCUGCCCGUCGGACUCUUCGGCUACAGCAAGCCGCCCUCCUAGGUGGUGGUGGUGGGGGGGGGGCACCU